AUGGAAAAUAGCAAUUUACAAAACUUGGCUUCAGUAGAUCACAGAAUUAAAUAUCUACUAGAAGCUCUAAAAAAAGAACCCAAUGGGUUACAAAAACAUGAAGAAAGUGAAUUGUUUUUAUUAUUAUCACAAGUACGAGGAAUUGGAUCCAAAUGGUCAAAUCCUGAUAAGAUCGGUCAAGCAGAACUCUAUGAAGCCAUUAAUAGCGUCUUUAAUUCACUUAAAAAUUAUACAGAACACAGUGGACCUUUCCUUAAGAAAGUGAAUGCAAAAGAAGUCCCUGACUAUUAUCAAAUCAUCACCAAUCCUAUGGAUCUCAGUAUAAUAUCGAAAAGAAUAAAAAAUACACAUUAUAAUUCAAAGAAGGAAUUCUCUGAUGAUCUCUAUCUCAUCUAUUCAAAUUGUCUUUUGUACAAUACAAAUCCUGAUAAUGAGUAUCGAAAACAUGCGAUAGCAAUGAGAGAAAAAACAGAUGCAUUACUACAAUCAGUUCCAGACAUUACAAUCUUAAGUCGUGAGGAGUUCAUUUCACAGUUAAAAAAAGAAACAGAACAAAAAUCCAAAUCUAGAAAUGUGAUCAAUAGUAAUGGUAUUAGUAGCAGUAAUAAUGCUAUGAGCAAAAGUGUUGAGCAUAAUAAUAAAGUCAAUAUUAAUGGUCUUGGUAGUCAUAAAGGUGCUCAGGCUAUUGAACUUUAUGAUGAUAAUUCUGAUUCAGACUCAGGCUGUGAAGUAGACGAAUGGGAUAUAAGGUUAAGACAAGAGUUCAAAGUACCUUUUCUAUCUCCAUUACCUUUAUUAUGGGAUCCUGAAAUCAAUAAUCCAAAUAGGAACAAGCUUUCAGAUCCAGAUUAUGAUCCAACUGAAAAUGCACCAACAAUUGAUGAAUAUCCUGAAGCACAAAUUCCAAAAACUGGAACUGCACCUAUAAUCGAUCAGAAUAUUGAAUUAUUGAAACAAUACCCAAAGGAUUUACCACCAUUAGAAAUGAAUUAUGAAACGAGUUCGGCUGUGAUGAAGUGCUGUGUAGCAAAAUUAUUACAACAUUCUGGUUUUGAAUCAUCAAUGAACACACCACUUCACAUUUUAACAGAAAUUGCUGGUGAUUAUUUAAUGAACAUUGGUAGAACAUUUAGGAAAUAUCUUGAUGACUAUGAUAAAAAAAUGAAACCAGAAGAGAUAGUUGAGCAUGUUCUUUAUGAAAAUGGAAUAGGGUCAUUAAAUGAUAUUGAGUCUUACCUUCGAGAUGAUAUAUGUAGAUAUGGUACAAAGCUAAAGGAUUUAAGAAGAAGAUUGGAUACUGCUUUUAAUGAACAAAUUAUAAAUCCAGAUGGUAGUGGUGGCGGUGCCAACAAUUCAGAAAAGAUCAUCGAUGAAACACUAUUGGAAAAUGAAGAUGUAUUUGUAACUGGUAAUAUUGUUGAAGAGGUGGAUGAAGAUUUCUUUAGAUUUAAGGAACUCGGAUUGGGACCAUUGUCGGUUCCAAUGAAAUUAUUUCAUGGAACUAAUAAAACCAAAUACCCAGUUAAGAAAGUUGAUAAUUCACUAGAAAACAAAUAUUCACCACCGCCACCAUGGAAACCGAUUACAGAUUCAAGUAGUCGAAUUGGGUUAUUACAAGAAUUCUUCCAACUCAAAACUGAACAACACAAUGGACAAUUAAUUGAGGAUGAACAGUUGCCACCAAAACAAAAAUUCCAAAGGCCCAAAGUUCCACCAACUGGUAAGAUACCACCUCAACCACGUCGACAACCACAAAAAUCGGUUGCUGAAUUGGCUGCAGCAUUAGCAGAGAAAAAAAGAAAAAGAGAGAAAGAGUUGGAGUUGUUAGAACAAAAAGAACGACAGAAAAAACUAAAACUUCAAGAGAAAGCAAAGAAGCAAGCAGAAAAGGAGGAACAAAAGAAACAAAAACAAUUGGAAAGGGAACAGGCCAAAAAGGCAGAGUUGGAGAGAAAGGCUGAGCUUGAAGUACAAAAAAGGGAGAAGAGACAAGCUGAACAAAAAAAGAAAAAACUGCGAAUUGAUGAAGUGGUGUGGCAUCAUCAUCGUCAGCCAUCACUACCAAUAAUACUUUCUUAA